GGCGGAAUGCUGUGUCACAGGAAAAAGCGCUCGGGCCGCCCACAGGAGGAAGGUGUUUAGGGAGUGUUGCUGGUCGUCGGUUCCAAAACUCCUUUCUGGAUCAAUCUUCACGGCAUCCUCCCAUUUAUUGUUUGCUUUGCAGAUUUGGAAACUUUGGGAACGGCGCAGAGUGACUGGGGCCAGAAUCCAUAGAAAGAGCAUUGUUGUUCCUGAGUCCAAAGGUCCAUUUUGAUUUGCUUGCAUUGUGCAAAGUAAAGUUAACUAUCAACUUCAGGGACCAUCAGCAAACAUGGAACCAAAUUAUACAGCUAACCAAUCAAUCAUCAAAGAAGAGGUACUGGCAAAAGGCAAAUGGGCUCAACUUUUGCAGACAACCUACAUAGAUCCUACUGGCAAAACCAGGGUUUGGGAAACAGUGAAACGAACAACCAGAAAACCAAGCUGUAAAUCUGAUGGAGUAGCUGUACUAGCCGUGCUAAAAAAAACUCUGCACUAUGACUGUUUGAUUAUGGUAAAACAGUUCAGGCCGCCAAUGGGAUGCUACUGCCUGGAACUACCAGCAGGUCUCAUAGAUGAUGGUGAAACUGCAGAGGUUGCUGCUUUGCGGGAGCUUUUGGAAGAAACUGGAUACAAAGGAGAGAUUAGUGAAACAACUCCAGAUUUAUGUCUGGAUCCCGGAUUAACCAACUGCACGAUGCAGUAUGUAACUGUUAAUAUUAAUGGUGACGAUUCAGAAAACCUCCAUCCGAAACAAAGGCUGGAUGAUGGAGAGUUUGUUGAAGUUGUUUUAAUUCCAAUGAAUGAACUUCGUAAGAAACUUGAUGAAAUGCUCCAAAAAGAAAAUAUUGUGGUGGACGCUCGAGUUUACGCCUUUGCGAUGGGUUUGAUGUAUGCCUCUUCAAAGCCCAACAUGUUGCCUGUUUUGAAAGCCUGAAAGUCUUAAAGAACCCCUCAUCUACAGUUGUUGCACAGCACAUGGAUAUAUUUAAUCUCAAGUUUUGUAUUCUGCCGUUGUACUAAGGAACAAAGAACCAUUUAUCCAGAACGUAAUAACUUUGAUAUAAUUAAGUAGACUUAAGAAGCUAGAUUUACAGAACUGUCUUAUUCACAACUGCAUCACUUCAUCUUUUUCUUGAAAACUUGUAAAAUCCUUAAGAAUAAGUGGUCGCAAAUAAAUAGCACAUUUUUUUUAAAAGAUCAAUCUUUCAAAUUUUUGCCAAUGUGGAUCAGAUGCCUAAAGCCAGUACAAAUCAGGGUGAGUUGGUAGAGAAAUCGUUGAGACACCUUUGUGUAUUAUAGUGUGAGGUUUUGGUUUGACAGAAUUGUAGAAUGCGAUCUGAAAAAUUAUAUAGUAGACUCAAACCAGCUGCCUUGAUGAGCCUCUGCAAUUAUAUCACCCUUAAGUAUAAUUAGUUUUGAUUAACAGAAACCCAUCGCUACACUUAGGAAUCUCCAUAUCUAGGUACUCAGACAUCCAUUCUAUUUCCCCAGUACAGAAUGCAUUCUAUUUUCUCACUGGUAUGUGUUUAGAAUUCCCAUCAUUAUGCAGUGAGAGCCAUUUAACUUGUUGGGUAUUGGCUUGAGGAUUAGCUGGGAAUAGAGGUUGAGGGACUGUGGUUGCCUCAAAAUUAUCAACCCUACCCCUCUAGGUCUCCAUUUAUAAAUUAGUGUGGAAGUUGUCUUCUCAAGUAUAUCAUGCUGCCAAUCUCAAAGCUCUGAUAGAUUACGUAAUCUAUCUCAUCCCAACUCCUUUGGUACUUGGCUGAUCUCCCUACCCAUACUUUUAUUUCCCUUCCCAUUCCUGUCAGCUGGUUGUUAUGUAACUGGGAAGUUAGGAUUUUAGGCCUCACCACGUAGGCAACUAUUACAAGUUUUUCAGGUGGCAUGAUGAACCACACAACUUUCCAUUAAACAAGUGCACUGUCAAAAUCUUUCUAACUACUGUACAUAGUAUAGUAAUCCUAACAAAUGGUUAAUUGCACCACUUUUGAGGUGUGGCACUUCAAUACAUUCAUUAAUCAAUCAAUCUUCCUGAUUGUUAAAUGAGAACAUUCCUUUCGAAUUGCUUUAUAUGCUCAAGGGGUCUGGCCAACUUUGUUUUGUACCAUGCAACUGAUUGUCCUUCAUGUUGGAUGCAUUACUUUUUAUAGUCAGUGUUUCAGUAAAGAACGCAUUUUGUCAUAAGCAUUUGAUUUAAUAAAAUCCAGGGUGCUGUUUCAGACUUAAUUGUUUAAGAGCUCAGAUUAACAGUAGCACUAUAGUAAUUUUUGGAUUGGACAAAAUAAAUGUUUAUCCUGCCAAACACAUUUUCAGUCCCAAGUGAUCUAAAUUUAAUGUUUUAUUUAAAAUCAGGAUGUGACUUUAGCUUACUGAACAUCAUGAAAUUCUGUUGCAUGCAAUUGUGCUUUGACCUUUUAUACAAAAGUCAAUAUAAUAGGUUGGCAUUUGGUGCAAUAGGGUUUUUUUUUAAAAAAAUUUGCAAGUAUUGAAUUAAUCAAUUGUUUGAAAUCACAGCUCGUGAAUAUAAUUCUGUGAUGCUGUCUAAUGUUAAAAGUCCUGUGUUUUAAUGAAGGCAUUAGCUGUUUGAGAAUGUCACUGCCUUCGUUAUAAUAGUGGAAAUGUAAUUUAAUAAUUUAAAAAAAAAUAAUUUGGGGCAGCACAGUGGAUCUGUGGUUAACACUGCUGCCUCAUGACACCAGGGACCUGGGUUUGAUUCUACCUUCGGGCGACUGUCUGUGUGGAGUUUGCACAUUCUCCCCUUGUCUGCGUGGGUUUCCUCCCACAGUCCAAAGAUGUGCAAGGUAGGUGGAUUGGCUAUGCUAAAUUUCCCAUAGUGCCUAGGGAUGUGUAGGUUAGGUGGGUUAGACAUAGGAAAUUGGGGGAAUGGGUCUGGGUGGGAUGCUCUUUGGAGGGGCAGUGUGGACUUGUUGGGCCAAAUGGCCUGUUUCCACACUGUAGGGAUUCUAUGAUCUUCUAUGAUCAUAGCAUACAUUUCCAGCAUUGCAGUCUAUUGAUCUGAAUGUUUCUGUAAAUUGUAGACCUGUUGGAAAAAGUGUACUUUAGGUUCGUUGUUAAUCUACAAGCUUCACACUGUCCCAGCAUCUCAUGACAUUUGUCAUCAUGAAAGAUUUGGUUUCUCAUGUCUUUUUCUUUGAAAUAUUGUCAGAAUUUUUUUGUGUCUUGUCUUCAUUUGGACAAAGAAAUAUAUUUGUACAUCCUUAAUAUUAAAACAUGGGUCAAUCA